AUGCUCCCCUUCCCCUCAUUUAUCGUCCCAUUGCUUCUGCUCGCCUCGGUCUCUGUCUUGGCUAUAUGGGACCAGGCCGGGGAUGUCACCAUCGCAUCAUUUACGGACGGGAAGUACUUGUCGAACGUAUACUUCGAGAUCCCGGCCGGCGCCGCAGGCUACGGUGAGACUCAGUGGGAUGGAUCUGGGAAAGAGCUGCAAUACCGUGCAGCAGGAGGGGAUGGCAAGCUCUGGCAAAAGUUUAGGCCCAUGAAGGGUCUGCCCCCUUCCGAUCCCGAAUCUAUCGAUAGGUCUGGAAUAUAUAAGAAGAGCCAAACGAGUCGUAUGCAUCCCCAGUCUGCUCUUGAAACCCUAACACGGGAGGCCAAGUUCGAAGUCAAAUUUGACAAGCCUGUCGAGGACUUUGGGAAUCCAUCACGAGCCACCGAGGACAUCGGCCGCAACAACGUCUUCAUGGUCAAAGCUGCUCCAUCUUACCUGUACCCCUGCCACUUUGAGACAAGGUCGAGGAACACGCCGUCUGGGUGGUCUGUGAGGGGAACAAAAAGCGGGCGACGUGUGUCCCAUGGGACUCGGCGGAAAUGA